AUGGAGGAGAAAAACAGAGAGUCAAUGGAGAGGAACAGGGAGUCAAUAGAGGAGAAGAACAAAGACUCAAUGGAGAAUAACAUAGAGUCAAUGGAGGAGAAGAAUAGAGAGUCAAUGAAAAAGAGGACCAGAGAUGAAUAUGAUCUUGAUGAGGAUGACAGAUUAUAUGAGACAAACGUGGAUAAAGUUGUUGAAUGGGCUGGUGUAGGUGAUAAGCAUAAGGAUGUGAAGGAUGGUGUAGGGACAAGUGUUGAGUUUGGUACAGGGGCUGCUGCUGCAACUAUUGGAACAAAUGCAGGGGCUGGUGCUGUAACUGUUAAUGUAAGAAGAAAGAGAGCUAACCAAGAAGGUGCAGGAACAGUGUCAAUGGGAGUGACUAUUGCAGGAGUAAUGUCAAGUGGAGUGACUGCUGCAGGAGCAAACACAUACGGAGUGAUUGGUCCAGAAGCUGGUGCAACCAAUAUUUCAAAUAAGAGAGGUAAGUUGGCUGUGAGGAGGAACAAAAUGAAUGCACCAGCCACAACACAAGACUCACAUUCUGUAGGAAGAGCUCAGUGUGUCAUGCUCUAA